AUAAUUGAUUUGAUCCAACACUCGAUCGGUGGUAGCCUCCUCUGACAAUUAAUUACAUUUAUUUGUUUUACAUAUCUCCUUGUUGUGACCUGCAUAGUUCACAUGAAUUUUAAAGUUACAAAUAUAUAGAUGUCAUUGUAAUCUUAGUCCAAACAAGACCAUACUGAAACAACAGAUUCAUUCCAUAUGGGAAAGGAUCUGUUUAGUAAUUUACCAGACGAAAUUCUAGGUCGCAUAGUUUCAUUUCUACCAAAUGAAUCAUCGCUAGAAACCAGCCUUCUUUCUACAAGGUGGAGGGACCUGUGGAAUGAAGCUCUUGUCAAACAUGGAACUCAAGAGGAUAUCAUAGGUGUUGUUGCUGGUUUUAUCACACGUUUUGAGGAGUUUGAUCCAUUGAAGCAUCCUAGAAAGCUUCAAUUUCACUUUGCUGAAGACAGUGUAGUCUCAGCAACCGUUGCAAAUAAUAACAAGCUUAUGCUUCAUUUUUCCCCUUGGAAAGAAGAGAUUCAAAUGGGGUAUGAGUUGGAGUUCAAGCAAACUAAGCAACACAUAGCCACCUACCAGUCUUUUCCUUCCACUUUCUCAGUCAAAACCCUCUAUUUGAAAUCGGUGAGUUGUUUCACAAGUAAUAUUGCUGCCUCCAUCGUUUCAAAUUUGGAGCAUCUUCAGAAUUUGGUGGUCAUUGACUGCAAAGGGUUGGAAUCUUUGAGUGUUGACUCCACCUCUGAGCUUCACAUGUUAACCAUCUUGGAUUGCUUAGAGUUGAAGACUCUCCAUCUCAAAACUUCUAGGCUCAAGUCUUUUCGGUAUCGUGGGCCUCUUCCUUUGCUUAGGCCAGAAUAUCAUUUCAACCUGCGUGAUGCCAUGCUUGAUUUCAGAUUAGGACUAAGCUGCAGUGGUUUAAAGACCAAGGAUUUUGAUGCAACCCUUUUAACAAUAAAGAACUGUGAAGUUCUUACUCUGUGUAAAUGGACUUUUGAGGAAUUAAUAUGGCCAUCGAUUUCUCCUCUAUCUGGGAGCUUCAUAUUCUAUAAAUUAAGAGAGUUAUGGUGGAUUGACAACUAUCAUGAGGAUGAAUACAACACAGAUGCCUUGUUCUCCUUCUUGAAAUUAUGCCCUUCCUUGGAGCAUCUUUUUGUGACUAUUGAUCCUGAAAGUUAUUCGGCUGGAGGGUCCAAUUCAUGCUUAAUGAAAGGGACUAAAUGCACAGAACUGGAACAUCUUAAACUGAUAAAGUUUAUGGGAUUUUCAAGUCGAAAAGAUGAAAUCUCAUUGGCUAAAUGUUUAAUUCAUCUAAUCAAGGGAAAGCCUCCAAAGAUAAAGACUUCAGAUGGGAAUUGCUUGGAUGCAGUGUUUGUGCAGUGAUUUUAGAUUUCUUCAACGUUUUCAAAAGCUAGUCCAAUUCAACAAUCUGUUUUUAUUUUAGAUUUCUUCAACGUUUUCAAUUUAUUUAUUUUUAUUUUUCAACUGUUUUGUAGGUUUUAAUUAAAUUUGACUAGUUUUAAGCAUUCUUGUUUUGAACCCCACAAAGAAAGUCUAGUAAGCCUUAAAUACGGUUCCUUACUCCCUAUUAUGGAAAAGAAGUCAACGAUUACAAGAUCAA